CCAUCGACAUGAUACUGUAAAGAUCUAACAGACAGCUCGUUCCCGUAAAAUUGCCAUGGCGACUCCUAGUAAGAUACCCUCUGGAAAUGGCACUAGGUGCUCCACAGGGCAAAAGACAUGUCAAUAUUUUACCACUUCGACUCCGCGAGUGCCUGUACCGUCCUCGCGCUUGCACGAGCCUCGCUCGACCGCAACACGAUGGCAGGUGUUGCCCCUCCCAGCCCGCAUCAUGAAAUCGCGAACCUCUAUUCUAGCUCGUAGCUCUACAGCGGUUACGGACGCCCAGCCGGAGCUGUCACCCGCGACAAACAAUGCCGACCAGCUUGCGUCCCAACAGCUUGGCGUAACAGCCGAGAGUCUCAUGCCCAGCCAGCUAACUUGGCCCAGCCGCUCUCAUGGAUGCGGUGCAGUAACACCGGCGGAUAUCGGCUCAACAAUCACAAUUUGCGGUUGGGUUGACCGCAACCGUGACAUGGGCGGUGUGCAAUUCUUCGAUGUCCGCGACCACACCGGCCUUUUGCAGGUCAUCUGCGAGCCUCAGAGCGCUGCCCCAGAGGUCUCCCGCGUGGCCUCUCGCCUGCGUAACGAAUAUGUGGUUUGCGUGACGGGGGUGCUGCGCGCUCGCAAGGACCCCAACCCCAGGCUUCCCACCGGCCAGUUGGAGCUGGUAGCCAGCGGCGUGCAGCUGCUCAACGUGGUGAGUCGCCCGCUGCCCUUCCCCGUCAGCGAGGCGGAGGAGGCGGAGCCGCCGCGGGAGGACACACGGCUGCGGCACCGGGUGCUGGACCUGCGUCGCCCCAAGAUGGCUGCCAACCUGCGUCUGCGGCACCGGCUGCUGCGCCUGAUCCGGGGUUACCUUGAGGAGCGGCACGGCUUCACGGAGGUGGAGACGCCCAUCCUCACGCGCUCCACUCCGGAGGGGGCGCGGGACUACCUGGUGCCCUCGCGCGUCCAGCCCGGCGAGUGGUACGCGCUGCCGCAGUCUCCGCAGCUGUUCAAGCAGAUGCUGAUGGUGGCGGGGCUGGACAGGUACUACCAGAUCGCCCGGUGCUUCAGGGACGAGGACCUCCGCUCCGACCGUCAGCCCGAGUUCACCCAGCUGGACCUGGAGGCUGCGUUCAUGGACGAGCGGGCGCUGCAGGGACUGGUGGAGGGGCUGGUGGCGGAGGUGUUCCAGCAGCUGCUGGGCGUAUCGCUGCCCGCCCCCUUCCGCCGCAUGACGUACAGCGAGGCCAUGGAGCGGUACGGCAGUGACAAACCCGACCUGCGCUUCGGGCUGGCGUUCGAGGACGUGACGGAGGCGGUGCGGGACUGCGGGUUCAAGGUGUUUUCCUCUGCCGUGUCGGAGGGCGGGGUGGUGAAGGCGAUCCGGGUACCCGACGGCUCCCGCAUCAGCAACAGCCGCGUGAAGCCCAGGGGGGACAUCGCGAACGAGGCGGUGGCGGCGGGUGCCGCCGGUCUGGUGCCCCUGCGUAUCGCCCCGGACGGCUCGCUGGACGCGGGCAAGGCGGUGCGGGAGGGGCUGAGCGGGGCGCAGGUGCAGCAGCUGGUGCAGGGCACGGGGGCGCAGCCGGGCGACCUGCUGCUGCUGGCAGCCGGCCCCCGCCCCACCGUGCUGCGGGCGCUGGACAGAGUACGGCAGCUGCUGGGGCGGGAGCUGGGGAUGAUUCAGCCCGGCCAGCACUCGCUGCUGUGGGUGGUGGACUUCCCCAUGUUCGAAUACAACCAGGAGGAGGGGCGGCUGGAGGCCAUCCACCACCCCUUCACCGCGCCCCACCCCGACGACUGGGCAGCUGGGGACUACGCAAAUGCACGUGCGCUGGCGUACGAUCUCGUAUACAAUGGAGUGGAGAUCGGCGGCGGCAGUCUGCGCAUCUACCGGCGGGACAUCCAGCAAAAGGUGUUCGAGCUGAUUGGCCUGACCCCCUCCGAGGCCCAGUCCAAGUUUGGCUACCUGCUGGACUGCUUCGAGUACGGCGCGCCCCCGCACGGCGGCCUGGCGUUCGGGCUGGACCGGCUGGCCAUGCUGCUGGCGGGGGCGCCCUCCAUUCGGGACGUCAUCGCAUUCCCCAAGACAACGCAGGCGCAGUGCGCGCUAACAGGCGCCCCCGCCCCCGUGUCUGACAAGCAACUAGGUGAGCUGCACAUCGCGAUUGCCACCGGCGAUGACAACAACAGCAACAACAACAGCAGCGGCAACGGCAACGAUGGCAAUUAGAUGGUACACGCACAGCAACCACGGAAGAUGCUAGCGGCAACGGCUGGCAGCAGGACGAAGAAGAAAAGGAGGAGGAGGAGGCGGACCAGCGGCCUCAGAGUGCCUCCCUAUUUUGACUCCCUUCAGACCUGUACUGGGACGUGACCGACGUAUGCCCGAUACAGCCGAUCGUUGUGAUGUGGGGCAGCAGCGGAGGCAGGUGAGGCCAGUCGCGUGCUGGAUGGCUGGCCGGUUCAGCGCGGCGGAGGCGGCAGGUGCCAGUCUGGGUGGGGGGGCAGGUAUGGAGGUGUGCAGGUGUCUGAUGCUUGGGAGGGAUAUCAGGUGGGUGCGAAAUAUAUUUGUGUUUCGGUGGUCAAGUGGGCAGUAGGGGAGUAGGGUGGGUGACUGGGGAGGGAGUGCAGUGCAGAGCGCAGAGCGGGUAUGCGUGCGGUUUUGGGGAGUGCUUUCCACAGGGUAGGGGGCGAUGUACGGCUGCUUGGGGCGGUUCGUGCAAGGGUUUAGUACGACAGCGGUGACCGUUGUAAGGGGUGUUGGCCUGCGAGUAGGGUAUGCGCCAGGAAGGCUACUGCCCGGUGCUGUCGAGUUGGGAGUGAAGUUAGGGCUUUGGGACCACGGCUGUUGUCACCUGGCAGUUAGCCAUGCACGCAUACGAGUCCAGGGCUGCCGGUUAUGGGGGUUUAGAAGUGUAGAGAGGAAUGGGGCAGCGACAAGAGGUUGUGCGCUUUGUGGGGCUUAUGGGGACUCCAGGGGGAGAUUGUGCUUUGGGGUAAUGAGAAAACCAACAGUGUACUGGGGAAAGGGUGGGAGUGGAAGGGAACAGUGACGUGUAUAGUGGUGAGCUGACGUCAUUUCCAUUACAGCUUAAGCGUCGACAGGGGGUAGGCUGGAUGGAUCAGUCGGGAUUGUAGCUAACAGCAUUUGAACUUGUCGGGUUACGGCGGGUUGGAGGAAGGCUUGGUCGAGGGGAGUGGGUUAUGAACGCCCCGUAGCCAAUCGCGCGACAAUCUCGAAGCUAUGUUUUGAACACGAC